AUGGCUCCCGGAGGCAGCAGUUACCAGGAUAUUGGUGAUUCCCGUAAUGCAUAUGCCGAUUAUGGUAUUGUAUCCGAGAAUGCUGAACCGAAAAGCUCCCCUUUUAGAAAAUCCACAGCUGUUAAUAUUAUUGCUGGAAAUCAUGGAACAAGAUCUAAUACAGCUGUUCAUGAGCUACUCGAAUGUCCUGUUUGUAUGAAUCUAAUGUACCCUCCAAUUCAUCAGUGUCCAAAUGGUCAUACUUUAUGCCUGAAGUGCAAGUCAAAAGUUCAUGUAUGCCCAAUUUGCCGCCAUGAGCUUGGGAACAUAAGAUGUCUAGCAUUGGAGAAAAUUGCAGAGUCACUGGAAUUGCCAUGCCGAUACCAAAUUUUUGGUUGUCAAGAUAUAUUUACUUAUCAUAGUAGGCUCCGACAUGAGCAGAACUGCAGAUUUCGUCCGUAUAACUGCCCUUAUGCAGGAUCUGAAUGCACUGUUACUGGUGAUAUUCAGUCCCUUGUUGCACACCUCAAAGAUGAUCACAAGGUUGACAUGCACGAUGGCUACACCUUCAACCAUCGAUAUGUCAAAUCUAAUCCUCAAGACGUUGAGAACGCUACAUGGAUGUUGACUGUUUUCAACUGUUUCGGUCACCAGUUCUGCUUGCAUUUUGAGGCUUUUAACGUCGGAGUGGCACCAGUGUACAUGGCAUUCCUUCGUUUUAUGGGUGAUGAUGAUGAUGCGAAAAAAUUUAGUUAUAGUCUUGAAGUAGGUGGAUUUGGCAGAAAGUUAAUAUGGCAAGGAGUUCCUAGGAGCAUCCGUGAUAGUCAUAAAACAGUCCGAGACAGUUUAGACGGGCUGCUCAUUCAAAGGAGCAUGGCACUUUUCUUCUCUGGUGGUGACCGGAAGGAGCUAAAGCUGAAGGUAGCCGGGCGCAUUUGGAGAGAACCGUUGUAAAGUAGAAAUACGGUCUUCUUCCUCAGAGUUAGCAUCAAUCUCAGAGGGCCACGAGUCUAGUUAGUUAUUCCUGAUUGGUGGGUGGCCUUUUUUUGUAUUUCUUGUAAAAAUAUAAAGGCUGUAGAUGGUUCUAUAUAGGUUAAGGUUUUUGGAUCAAUCAAUUUUAUGUUGAAUGUAGUCAGCUCAAGUGUUGGCCAUGCAUUCUGUUAAUGCUGGUUGUGUAUCUAAUAUUGUGAGGCAUUUAGGCUUUUUUGUCAAUCUAUGUUAAAAUCAUGUGACUUUCAAAGAAGUGAUAAAUUGAAGUUAAAUCA